AUGGCAUCCGCCGACAAACCCCACGCAGCUCCCCAACCAGCCUAUCUUCCAACAGCAGGCAGCAUUUUGAACGCUAACAAAGGCUUCUACGACUCCCUAGCCAACAACAAAUCCAGAACGCUAAAGCAAACAAUCAAUAUCCCACCUCGCUCUGCCAAAGCCUGGAAAGUGCCCGCCGGCAGCAUUGUCCGCUUUUCGACGCCUGAAGGUCCUCAAGUCGGUGACUUGAACAUCUGGAAUCUGUCCAAUCCGCGCGAGAGAUUCUGGGCUUCAAGGACGAGACAGUUGCAGGCUAGUCAUGUCACUGUGUACGAUCGACUUUGGAGUUGCUUGCCUUAUUUGAGACCGAUGGUUACUAUUAUUGCGGACUCGCUGAAGGAUUAUGGCGUAGAUCAGUGGGGAGGUAGAUGUCACGAUUUGCUGGGCACUCGCUGUGACCCAUAUGUGAAUACAAUGCUUACAGGCGAUCAAUAUGACUAUCAUUGUCACUCGAACUUGACAAGAGCGGUAGUGCCAUAUGGUCUCACUGAAUUUGACGUCCACGAUGUCAUCAACAUCUUCCAAGUUACCGGACUCAAUGCAGAGGGAAAAUACUUCAUGGAGCCCAGCCCAGCCAAAAAGACCGACUAUCUCGAGUUCUUCGCCGAGCAGGAUGUUCUGAUGGCCUUAUCUGCAUGCCCUGGUGGCGACCUCAGUGCUUGGGGCUGGGGCGAAGGAGGAGCCGGCGAAGAAGGAGAGAAGAAGAGCAUGCUGGACUGUUGCCGACCUCUUCGAGCCGAAGUCUACAGUUUGGACGAUCAGUCGUUGCUACACGGCUGGACACAGUUCGAACCAUCAAAGUAUACUGGACUUCACGGCAUGAAGGUCCCCGUUGGAGAGAAUGUGUCUUCCUAA